AUGUUAAAGCAGUGGACGUAUUGCAUGGUAAUGUCUUGCACAUUCAUUCUGCUAACAGCUAAAGGGGUGUAUCCUUAUCUACAGGAGAAAGACCGCAGCGCCGCCGUGGCGACCGCCUACAUCAUGAAGAGCGAGGGGCUGCGCUGGGAAGAGGCCUACGCUGUUGUUAGGGCCGCCAAACCCGACGUCGGGGUGAACCCGGGCUUCGAGGCGCAGUUGCGGCUCUAUGAGGCCAUGGGCUGCUCCGUGGAUGUGAGCAGCCCCCUUUACAAGCAGUAUCGCCUGCAGAUGGUCAUGGAAAAGUAUUUGGAGCUUCAAGACUUGCCCCAAGAAAUCUUUGCUGCUGAUCCAACCGGUAUGUGUCAAACUUCAAACACAGAGGUUCUCUACAGAUGUAGAAAAUGCAGACGCUCUCUAUUCCGUAGUUCCAGCAUUUUGUCCCACGUGGAAGGAAGCGGACCAACAGCCUUCGCUCACAAGAGAAUAACAGACGCAACUCAACUUCAUAAUCAUGGCUGUGAUAAAUGUACCUCUUACUUCAUUGAGCCUGUACAGUGGAUGGAGUCCAUAUUGCUGGGAGUCUUGGAAGGACAGCUCCUGUGUCCCAAAUGCACAUCGAAGCUGGGCUCCUUCAGCUGGCAGGGGGAGCAGUGUUCUUGUGGCCGCUGGGUGACUCCUGCCUUCCAGGUUCACAAAAGUAGAGUGGAUGAAGUGACAACAGUACUGGUUUGUGACAUCAGAGGUGCCAAAGUCUGACCUCUCUG